ACAGCAACCCAGCUGCAACGUGCAGGUCAAAACAGCUAGGUAGUGGAGAAACGGUUCAAUAAGGAAUAAAAGAAUAUAACCUCUGGUGUUCUCAAAAGGAUGGAGGAUUCCGAUAAAGUGUGACACUGUGUGGUCCCUUGGGAACUGAACACACGAUGUUGCUUGCACCUUGCACUUUCUGCUCUACCAGCAUACUGGAGAUAUACAAAAGAAUCAACAUGAAGCAUUAUUGCACUCAGAGAACAGACAGCAUGCCAGAAGUGGGUGAAGAUGCUGUAAGCACAGCUGAACAGAUGGCCCCUAGCACUGCCUUCACUCCAGAGGAACAAGAGGAACUCCGCAAGGAGCUGGCCAAGGUGGAGGAGGAGAUCCAGACUCUCUCUCAAGUGCUGGCGUCCAAAGAGACGCAGGUGGCAGAGAUCAAGCGGAAGCUGGGCAUUACCCCGCUCAACGAGCUCAGGCAGAACCUGAGCAAAAGCUGGCAAGAAGUCACCACCUCCACAGCGUACAAGAGAACCUCAGAGACACUGUCACAGGCGGGUCAGAAGGCCACAGCAGCAUUCUCCAGUGUGGGCUCUGUGAUCACCCGGAAACUGGAGGAUGUCAGAUUACAGUCAUAUUCCAAUUAUUUUAGCAUACGCUCCAUACAGCAUUCUGCUAGCAUGCCAAUGAUGAGGAACACUCCUACCUUCAAGUCGUUUGAAGAGAAAGUGGAUACUUUAAAGACCAAGAUAAGCCCCACAGUGUCAUCCAGUGAGCUCGGAGAUGUUUCCCACACUGUGCGUAGCGCAGAGCCAAUGUUGGAAAAGCCAGAGGGGAUGAGUGCCCCAGACACAGAGCCCCACUGAGGAGCAGCCUCUCACCUCAGCUUCCUUUCGCUGCACCUCAUUGCCCAACAUUCCUCCACUCCUCCCCUCUACCUCUCCCUAUCAUGCAAUAACAGAAAACCAAAACAAAUGCUCCACGCUCAGUUUGAUUUCUCAAAGUGCUUCAAAUAGAUUAUUGAAUGCAUAUUGUGUUAGUUCACAGUGAAGCUCAGCUUCACUGAGUCUCUGGCUUCUGGUAGCCAUUUACGGCAUUUAGCUGAAGCUUUUAUCCAAAGCGACUUACAUUUAUGACUGAGUACAACUUGCGCAAUUGAGGG